GAGGGAAGGCCGGGCACAGGGGUGAAGGCCCGGAGACCAGCAGAACGGCAUCCCAGUCACGACAGCCACUUUGCUCUGUCUGCUCUCCGCCACGGCCCUGCUCUGUUCCCUGGGACACCCCCCCCACCUCCUCAGGCUGCCUGAUCUGCCCAGCUUUCCUCUGGAUUCUGGCCUCUGGUCAUCCCUCCCCACCCUCUCUCCAAGGCUCUCUCCUGGUCUCCCUUCUUCUAGAUCCUCUUCCUCCACCUCCCUAUCUGCAGAACUUCUCCUUUGCCCCCCCACCCCCCACCACUGCCCACUUUCCUUUUCUGACCUCCUUUUGGAGGGCUCAGUGCUUCCCAGACCAUAGGAGAGAUGUGGGAGGCUCAGUUCCUGGGCUUGCUGUUUCUGCAGCCGCUCUGGGUGGCUCCAGUGAAGCCUCCCCAGCCAGGGGCUGAGAUCUCGGUGGUGUGGGCCCAGGAGGGGGCUCCUGCCCAGCUCCCCUGCAGCCCCACAAUCCCCCUCCAGGAUCUCAGCCUUCUGCGAAGAGCAGGGGUCACUUGGCAGCAUCAACCAGACAGUGGCCCGCCCGCUCCCGCCGCCACGGUGCACCUCAGGGACCGCGCCCUCUCCUGCCGCCUUCGUCUGCGCGUGGGCCAAGCCUCGAUGACUGCCAGCCCCCCAGGGUCUCUCAGGACCUCUGACUGGGUCAUUUUGAACUGCUCCUUCAGCCGCCCAGACCGCCCAGCCUCUGUGCAUUGGUUCCGGAGCCAUGGCCAGGGCCGUGUCCCUGUCCAGGAGUCCCUCCAUCACCACUUAGCGGAAAGCUUCCUCUUCCUGCCCCAUGUCGGCCCCAUGGACUCUGGGCUCUGGGGCUGCAUCCUCACCUACAGAGAUGGCUUCAAUGUCUCCAUCAUGUAUAACCUCACUGUUCUGGGUCUGGAGCCCGCAACUCCCUUGACAGUGUACGCUGGAGCAGGUUCCAGGGUGGAGCUGCCCUGCCGCCUGCCUCCUGCUGUGGGGACCCAGUCUUUCCUUACUGCCAAGUGGGCUCCUCCUGGGGGAGGCCCUGACCUCCUGGUGGCUGGAGACAAUGGCAACUUUACCCUUCGACUAGAGGAUGUAAGCCAGGCCCAGGCUGGGACCUACAUCUGCCAUAUCCGUCUACAGGGACAGCAGCUCAAUGCCACUGUCACAUUGGCAAUCAUCACAGUGACUCCCAAAUCCUUUGGGUCACCUGGCUCCCUGGGGAAGCUGCUUUGUGAGGUGACUCCAGCAUCUGGACAAGAACGCUUUGUGUGGAGCCCCCUGAACACCCCAUCCCAGAGGAGUUUCUCAGGACCAUGGCUGGAGGCCCAGGAAGCCCAGCUCCUUUCCCAGCCUUGGCAAUGCCAGCUGCACCAGGGGGAGAGGCUUCUUGGAGCAGCAGUAUACUUCACAGAACUGUCUAGCCCAGGUGCACAACGCUCUGGGAGAGCCCCAGGGGCCCUCCGAGCAGGCCACCUCCCGCUGUUUCUCAUCCUUGGUGUCCUUUUUCUGCUCCUUUUGGUGACUGGAGCCUUUGGCUUUCACCUUUGGAGAAGACAGUGGCGACCAAGAAGAUUUUCUGCCUUAGAGCAAGGGAUUCACCCUCCGCAGGCUCAGAGCAAGAUAGAGGAGCUCGAGCAAGAACCGGAGCUGGAACCAGAGCCGGAGCUGGAGCGCGAGCUGGGGCCGGAGCCCGAGCCGGGGCCUGAGCCCGAGCCGGAGCAGCUCUGACCUGGAGCUGAGGCAGCCAGCAGAUCUCAGCAGCCCAGUCCAAAUAAACUCCCUGUCAGCAGCAA